AUAAGCUGAUUAAUUAUUGACUUGCUUCAUGCUAGCCUCAAAGUUCACACGGUUUUCUAUGUUUUUGUCAAAAUGACUUCAACACCUAGUCUUGCGACAACGACUUCUGUGCCUGAAUUACCUGAAAAGUUUGCUUUGGAAGCUCUUGAUAUUGUUGUGGUCGUGGUAUACUUUGUCUUUGUUCUUGUUGUGGGAAUAUGGUCUUCUGUCAGGGCAAACCGUGGGACAGUGGGUGGAUACUUCUUGGCUGGAAGAUCCAUGACAUGGUGGCCUAUUGGGGCCUCUCUGAUGUCCAGUAAUGUUGGCAGUGGUUUGUUCAUUGGACUAGCUGGCACUGGAGCAGCAGGAGGCAUCGCUGUUGGAGGGUUUGAAUGGAAUGCAGCUUGGGUCCUCAUUGCUCUUGGUUGGAUCUUUGUGCCUGUUUACAUAUCUGCUGGUGUGGUAACUAUGCCAGAGUACCUGAAGAAGCGGUUUGGGGGCCAGCGCAUCAGAAUCUACAUGAGUGUUCUCUCCCUCAUCCUCUAUAUUUUCACCAAGAUAUCAACAGACAUCUUCUCUGGCGCUCUGUUCAUUCAAGUGUCCCUGGGCUGGGACCUCUAUCUCUCCACAGUGGUGCUUCUUCUAGUAACUGCCCUCUACACUAUAGCUGGGGGGCUGACAGCAGUUAUCUAUACAGAUGCUUUACAGACGGUCAUCAUGGUGAUAGGCGCAUUCGUACUCAUGUUCAUAGCGUUUGACAAAGUGGGUUGGUAUGAGGGUCUGCUGGAGCAGUACAAGGAGGCCAUCCCCACAUUGACUGUGCCCAACACUACAUGUCACCUACCCCGGUCCGAUGCCUUCCACAUCCUCAGAGACCCAGUGACGGGGGAUCUGCCCUGGCCUGGUCUGCUGUUUGGCCUCACGGUGAUAGCCACCUGGGUGUGGUGCGCUGACCAGGUGACAGUGCAGAGGUCUCUCUCAGCCAAGAACCUGUCCCAUGCCAAAGGAGGCUCUGUGCUGGGAGCUUACCUGAAGGUCCUGCCCAUGUUCUUUAUAGUGAUGCCUGGAAUGAUCAGCAGAGCACUUUACCCAAAUGAGGUAGGAUGUGUUGACCCCAUUGCGUGCCAAAGAAUCUGUGGAGCCACCGUGGGCUGCUCCAAUAUUGCCUACCCAAAACUAGUGGUAGAACUUAUGCCUGUUGGCAUGCGGGGGUUGAUGAUUGCAGUAAUGAUGGCUGCCCUCAUGUCCUCUCUGACCUCCAUCUUCAACAGCAGCUGCACCCUGUUCACCAUGGACAUCUGGCAGAGGGUCCGGCCACAGGCCUCCGAGCCAGAACUCAUGGUAGUGGGCAGGGUGUUCAUCUUAGUAAUGGUGGUGCUCAGCAUUCUGUGGAUCCCCAUCAUCCAGUCAGCCAACAGUGGACAGCUGUUUGACUACAUCCAGGCCAUCACCAGCUACCUGGCUCCUCCCAUCACUGCUGUCUUCAUCAUGGCCAUAUUCUGGAGGCGUGUCAAUGAGCAGGGAGCCUUCUGGGGUCUGAUCGUGGGCCUUGCUGUUGGCUUGGUGCAGAUGGUGCUGGUGUUUGUGUAUGGCACCCCAUCUUGUGGAGAGAUAGACAUACGGCCAGCCUUCAUCAGGGAUGUCCACUACCUGUACUUUGCUCUUAUCCUCCUGGCUCUCACUGGCCUGGUCAUCACUGCUGUCAGCCUCUGCACUCCGGCCAUUCCAGAGCACCAUCUCCAUCGCCUGACAUGGUGGACAAGACACAGCAAGGAGCCGCGCAUUGACUUCAAUGACCCAUGGACCACAAAGCCCAGGACACCACCCAGAACUCCUGACCCCAGAGUUGGGGAGGAGGCUGUUGUGGAGGGCGGGCCAUGCUGGAAGCGUACUGGAAUGUGGCUGUGUGGGCUGUCUGGGCCUGAGAAGAAAAAGUUAACCCUGGAGGAGAAAAAUGCCUUGGAGUUAAAACUGACCAACAUUGAGGAAGAACCAAUCUGGCGGAACGUGUGCAAUGCGAACGCCCUCAUACUACUCUCUAUCAAUGUCUUUAUGUGGGGCUACUUUGCCUGAGUUAAUAUAACUCUCAUUUUGAUUAUAGAUAUUGUUGAAUCACAUAUUGUUUAUUGAAUUAGUGAUCACACACAAAAUGCUAAUUGGUUUACAAUUAGAAUGUCAAACAAUAAUGGUAAUGUUGUUUUUAGUUGUUGGGAUUUAGACUUUUUAUUGCCAAAACUGUCAUCUGUAUGUGUACUCUUUGAUCAGGGUCAGUAGUUAGGUUUCCAUCCAUUUGGCGACAGAUUUUCAUGCGAAUAUUCAAAAAUCCGCAUAAAAACAAUAUGCACAUUUUCCUACCAUAGAUGCGUUCCCAUCAAAUGGACUUGUUACAGAUAAAAGGCUGUGCGUGUUGAUGUAUUGGACAUAAAAUACCUUUUGCGGUUAAAUUCCCCAUGUACUGAAUAAAAAAUGCAAGUUAAAUGGGUUUCCAUUGCAUUUUCAACUCUACUGGAAAAAAUGUCAGUCUCUCGAUGUGCAAAACUGAUAGAGACAUACCCCAAGCGACUUACAGCUGUAAUCGCAGCAAAAGGUGGCGCUACAAAGUAUUAACUUAAGGGGGCUGAAUAAUUUUGCACGCCCAAUUUUUCAGUUUUUGAUUUGUUAAAAAAGUUUGAAAUAUCCAAUAAAUGUCGUUC